GGCUGAGAUAAAGGUACAAAGAUAGGCAGGACCUCCACUGAAGGUGCACUGUUAGUAAACGCUGCCACAGCGCGAGCACUACUGGUGUGAAGUCUGGUUUGCAGACUACUUCCACUCCUCUCCUCCCUGGUCACAACUUCUGUCAGCAUGGUACAGUUGACCAAAAAGCAGUUGGUAUUAUGUGGACUGUUGGGGGUGGCUUGCAUUGCAGCCAUUGCAAUUGGCCUUGGUGUUGGUAUUCAGCAGGCUAACCCCAGUGGCAGCAGCAGUCAGAUAACAUCUUCAAGAUCAGGAUUGUUUGAGACUUGGGAUGGCAUCAACAAAUUUGAUGAAAAUAUUUAUGAGGCCACGGUACCACCUCCAUCACCAUCAUUGCUUGGAGAAUUUGAUAUUGCAGCAGUCAGUGCUGAUGGUCAGCCAUGUGCACAGAUUGCUACGGAUAUCCUACAAAAGAAUGGAAGUGCAGCAGAUGCAACAGUAGCAGGGCUAUUUUGUGUAGGUGUGAUUAAUACUCAGUCAAUGGGUCUAGGAGGUGGCUUUCUCCUGACCUAUUAUGAACGGGCCACAGGAAAGGCAUACUCUCUUAAUGCUAGAGAAAGUGCUGCAGCAGCUGCAUAUGAAGACAUGUAUCAUGGCAAUGAAAUUUUAAUGGAAAAUGGUGGUUUAGCUGUGGCUGUGCCUGGAGAAUUGCGUGGCUACCGUCAGUUGUACGAGAGAUUUGGUGGAAAAAUUCCCUGGGCUGAACUGAUAGAACCUACAAUUAAGCUGUGUGAAGAUGGUCAUAUAGUCAACUGGCACAUGGCACGAGCACUGAAGCUUAACGAACUUCUUAUUAUGAAUGAACCAAGCAUGAGUGUAUUUAUCAACCCCGAUACUGGCACUGUUUAUGAGGAGGGUGACACACUGACAAGACCACAGUUAGCAAAGACCUUACGAGAAAUUCAGAGUGAUCCUGAUGCUCUUUAUACUGGCCAGUUGGCUGAUAAACUAAUCCAAGAUAUCCAAAGCUUUGAUGGCAUUAUCACUAUUGAAGAUCUGCAAAACUACAGACCACUUUGGAAAGAUGCGGUAAAUGUCAGUAUUCAGCAUGGUAACUACACUCUGUACUCUGUGCCACCACCAGGCUCUGGCCUUCUAUUGGGCUUCAUCCUUAAUAUCUUGGAUGAAUACAACAUCACUCCUGAAAGCAUGAAUGAAGAAAAUUUCAUAGUGACCCACCAACGUAUAACAGAGGCUUUUAAGUGGGCUUAUGCUAAGAGAACAGAACUGGGAGAUGCUGAUUUUGUGGAUAUGACUGAAUUGACACACAACUUGACUUCUGAUGCCUUUGCCAAGAGUAUUCGUAGUCAGAUUAAGGAUAAUCGCACGUUCCAAGACCCAGAGCACUAUGGUGCUGUAACUGCUGUUGAUAAUGAUCAUGGUACUGCUCAGUUCUCUCUUCUGGCUCCUAAUGGUGAUGCUGUAUCUGUUACCAGCACCAUCAAUUUAUACUUUGGUGCUGGGAUCCGAUCUGUGCAGACUGGUAUUGUAUUUAAUGAUGAGAUGGAUGACUUUUCUGCUCCUAAUAUUACCAGCUAUUUUGGGAUACCUCCAUCACCAGCCAACUUCAUCAAAGCAGGGAAGCGGCCUCUCUCAUCUAUGUGCCCAUCAGUGUUAGUGGAUGCUGAUGGAAAUGUUCGCUUAGUUGCUGGUGCUGCCGGAGGAACCAAGAUACCCUCAGCUGUGGCAUGGGUGUUACUUCGUAAUUUGUGGUUGAAUGAGGAUAUCAAGAAAGCUGUGGAUGCACGCAGAAUUCACCACCAACUAUUUCCAAUGAAAUUUAGCUACGAGGAAGGAACAUUACCAGAUAUUGUUGAUGGCAUGCAGAAAAUUGGUCAUGAGACAGAGAUGUUUGGUGUUGGAGGCUCUGUGGUCUGUGCCAUUUCUCAUGAAAACAAUGAAAAAAUCUAUGCUAACUCUGAUUUUAGAAAAGCUGGUGAAGUUGAUGGAUUUUAAUUACUGUAUAUUUAAGUACAGUGUCUACACUUUAAAGUAUUGGUGAGGAUGUUGCAGUUCAGAGGGCCAUCUGAACUGUAAUGUCAGCAUGCUUCUGGCAAGACAGCAAUUGAAUGCAUGACAGUAAAUAUGUUUCCUCUUUUCUUGGGUCAUCCUACCUUAGUGGUAGCCAGCCAGUGUUAAAAAAUUAAGCAUUUAAUUGUAUUGUAAUUACAUUUAUAGCAUAUAUUAUUCUUAAUAAAAUUGCAUAUACAGUAUUUAAAUUACUUCAACUAAUAAAGUUUUUGUUGAAGAAAAAGGGUUUUAUUUUUGUUAUGAGGCUUAGUUAAAAUUUGUCAAAAAUUCUCACAUUACUAAAUGUGUCUGUAAUGUUUAUUUAACAUCAUGGAUGCAUUCCUGUUGUGGAUGACCAACAAUAAUUUAAAAACAUUCCUUAAUACUAGAUGUGUUAUUGUUGCUGCACAUAACCCUAGCUAUCUGUUCACCUGGAAAAUUUCUAGUAUCUCUACCUCAAAACCCUUAAGAUAUAGAGGAGCUGAAGCUCAACUCCUUAACCCUUUCACUGUUGGUGACGUUAUAUUAUGGCUUGCAAACCAGUGUUGGUGUCGUAAUAUUAUGCCAAAAUUCUAGCGGCUUCAAAUCUAGCGAGAGAAAACUGGUAGACCUACAUGUUAGAAAAUGGGUCUGUGUGCUCAGGUUUUUUUUUUUUUUUUUAACAAGUUGGCCAUCUCACACCAAGGCAGGGUGACCCAAAAAGAAAAUACUUUCAUCAUCAUUCAACACUUUCACCUCACUCUUACAUAAUUACUGUUUUUGCAGAGGUGCCCAAAACACAAUAGUUUAGAAGCAUAUAUGUAUAAAGAUAUACAACAUAUCCCCCCAACCUGCCAAUAUCCCAAACCCCUCCUUUAAAGUGCAGGCAUUGUACUUCCCAUUUCCAGUAUUCAAGUCUGGCUAUAUAAAAAUAACUGAUUUCCCUGAAUCCCUUCACUAAAUAUUACCCUGCUUACACUUCAACAGCUUGUCAGGUCCCAAAUACCAUUCGUCUCCAUUCACUCCUAUCUAACAUGCUCACACAAGCUUACUGGAAGUCCAAGCCCCUCGCCCACAAAACCUCCUUUACCCCCUCCUUCCAACCUUUUCGAGGACGACCCCUACCUUGCCUUCCUUCCCCUACAGAUAUAUACGCUCUCCAUGUCAUUCUACUUUGAUCCAUUCUCUCUAAAUGACCAAAUCACCUCAACAACCCCUCUUCAGCCCUCUGACUAAUACUUUUAUUAACUCCACACCUUCUCCUAAUUUCCAAACACCGAAUUCUCUGCAUAAUAUUUACACCUCACACUGCCCUUAGACAGGACAUCUCCACCGCCUCCUCGCUGCAGCAGUAACAUCCCAAGCUUCAGUGUGCGCAUAAAAAAAAUCUGGGAGGCCACAAUGCAUUGUGGGAGUGCCAAUUGGGUAUACCUUGUUCACCAUGCCUAGCAAUAAGGAAUACCUAACUCCCCUGUGAAUUGGAACUCUUCUCUUCCCAAGUGAUAGUUCUAACACAGAUGGAAGUGUCAGUGAAGAUGAAUUUCAUGGUUUUGAUGAGUUUGUGUCUGAAAGCAAUGCCCAGGAUACCAGAUACAGAUAGUGGGUGGUGGGGAAGACAGUGGGGGUGGUGGGGAAGACAGUAUGGGUAACGAGUAACGUUACAGUUGGGAUGGAUAAUAUACACGUGGCAGCAGGUGGUGGUGUAAUGUGUCAUGUGGCACCAGCAGCACCCUAGACUGGUAGCCAUGCUGCUGACUCAGCACAUCCACAACAAAGGCCACCUUUGACCACCCACACAUCACAACAACCUGCACAACUACAACCACCUGUUAAUAUCCAGUACCCACCAGCAGACCGCAUCUGGGAUUGGCACCAGGGUGCCAAUCGGUUUCAAUGAGUGGAUGUGUAUACAUAAUGCAUUACAGUGGACCCCCGCAUAACGAUCACCUCCGAAUGCGACCAAUUAUGUAAGUGUAUUUAUGUAAGUGCGUUUGUACGUGUAUGUUUGGGGGUCUGAAAUGGACUAAUCUACUUCACAAUAUUCCUUAUGGGAACAAAUUUGGUCAGUACUGGCACCUGAACAUA